ACGUGGUGUGGACUGACAUGAUCUUGGCCUACUCCAACCACGGCCACCUCGAAGAAGCCAUGAAGAUGUUUGCACGGAUGCCACAGCGCGAUCUCGUCGCUUAGACGGCAAUGGUGGCGGCAAUUGCUUUGCACGGGAGGUUGAUGGAUGGCAUCUUGUUCGACCAAAUGUCCCAGCAUGAUAUCGUCGCGUGAAACACGAUGCUGGGAGCUUACAUCCAGAGCAAUUGCCCUCGUCCAGCGCGGGAGCUCUUCGCGACCAUGAUGGUGAGAGACACAGCGAGCUGGAUUGCCGCGAGCACUCAAAGGGGGAAUCUCUUGCAGGCCGGGAAGAUCUUCUCCACGUUGCCUGAUCGGAGCAUUGUGCCGUGGAACGCGAUGAUCCAUGGCUGCGCACAGAAUGGCCACGCUGAGUUUUUGACAGCAUGGCGAUGGAGAAACGAGAUAAGUUUCCAGGCGAUUCUCCUGACUUGCGGAAGCUCCGAGUGGCACUCAACUACUUUCGAUCUAUGGUGGCCGAGUACAGCAUUUCUCCAUGUGAUUCACUUCCAGGCGAUGGCAGAUGUGCUGGGACGAGCCGGGCUGGUUGCCGAGGCCGAAGGUCUGCUGCUGGCAAUGCCCUUCUAGCCGCAUUUCCUC